CCAUGCGGAGCGUAGUCGCCAUCUUGUUGUUGUCCGCCAUUUUGUGCGCAACACUCGCGCAGUACCCGCGCCCGAGGCGGCCGGAACGCUUCGAUACUGCGGAACAGAUAUCCAACUAUUUGAAGGAACUACAGGAGUAUUAUUCUGUACACGGCCGUGGACGAUAUGGCAAACGACAAAUGCACAUAGCAGAUGCUUCUGUUAUCUUCAAGGAAAUGCCGUUUUUCGACCACAACGCAAACGAAGAUAUACUAUUCAAAAAUUUCCCCUAUAAUAACUAACAUAAGUACCUAUCUAAAUAAAAAUUGGACGACAGGCUUGAUAAACGCGUAUUUUAAUCUAUUACAUGGUAGCAAUUAAUUAAUGAAAUUAAUUUAAUUCCUACUAAUAUUGUAGACUAUUGUUGUAAUUUUGAUAAUCUACCUUUAAUAUGGCAACAUCAGACAUCGUUUUUGCCGCGUAAAUUUUUAUUUUUUAUUUCAAUGGCGGCAAAGUGACAGUUAUUACGUUUUUUUUGUGAAAUACUUAACUAACCGUAUGAUUUUAUUUAAUAGGGCCUAAUCUAGUCAAUUCGAUAUCCGUCUUCUGUCUAGUCAAAUAAUGUUGCGAAAAAUAAAAUAAUUUUCAGGCUGGGUGGAAAUUAUUUUUAGCAUUGUAAGUAAUUGUGUUAUCUGUGAAAUUAUAAUCAUGUGAUUAUCAGGUGAAUUAAUAAACUAUUUUAAAAUGC